AUGAGGGAGAUCCGAAAGAAGAACCCACAUAUAUCACCUACGGAGCUGCAGAAACAGGCUGAAUACGAGAUGAUCACCAGAGGUCCAAAAUCUCGAGCGUUCUACCGAGUACAGGCGACAAGACGUCUAAUCGGAGGUGGAGACAUCGUGAAGAAGCGAAUCGAUAAGGAACAUAAUAAGGCUUUGGUGCAGGCGCAAGAGAAACAAGUACGAGAAAACACAUGCAAGAUAUUCUUUGAUCCAGCACAUUAUACCGUACUCGAGAAUGUCGGAACAUUUGAUGUGGUCGUCGGCAGGGAUGGAGGACCAGAUGGUCUGACCGUGAUGGUCGAUUAUUACACCGAAGAUGGUACCGCCAAUGCAGGAUCGGAUUACGUGCCCGUCAAGGGAACCCUCACCUUUUAUCCGGAUGACAAGAACCAGAAAAUCAGUAUUGAAAUCGUGGACGACGACGUGUUCGAAGAAGACGAACAUUUCUACCUUCACUUGAAAAAUCUUCGCGUUCGCACCAAAGAUGGCCUGAUUUUGGACCCAUCACGAAUUGGAGGACUGCCAGUGGCUCAACUUGAGAUGCCUGCCACUGCUACCAUUAUGAUUCUCGAUGACGAUCACGCUGGUGUGUUCUCUUUCGAGCACGAUCAUUACGAAGUUGUAGAAAGCUGUGGAUUCCUAUCUCUCAGAGUUCAAAGGCAUUCAGGAGCCCGAGGAAAGGUUGUGAUUCCGUACAAAACCUACGACGGAUCUGCCAUAGGAGACAAACACUUCGAAGCCAGAGAAGGAGAGGUCACCUUCGAUGACAACCAAACUGAGUACGUUUGGAUGUCUUUUAUUCUAAGUUCCUUUUAG